AGUUAAAACAAAUUAUAUACAAGGUUUCCUUGGCGUAAAUUCAGUGAAAAGUGAAUUUCAGUUCUCCCUGAAUCUUGCUGAACUGGUCGGAUCAGGUCUGUCAGCUGCCUGGAUUGUGUUGGAUUCAGAUAUUUGUCGAUGCAGCAGUCACUGAGGGGGCGGGUGAAGGAGUCUUGUUUCAGUGUUGGAGAGACUCUGACUCACUGCCUUUCAUUGCUAAAGGACCUGAGAACGAUUCGUUCGAUUUGAUCGAAGAUUCUGCAAGAUGAUGUAAUUUUUUAAAAAACUACUCACGCAGGAUGGGAGGAUUGUCGAUAACAAAGAGAGCUGUGUCCCUUUCUGACAGCUGAGGGUAUUCGAAGCACUGAUGUCUAGAUUGAGGCAGAGCAGAUUGGCUUCGUGGAUACCUGCACCAGUUUUCCUUCUGAAGCUGAAUUGUUCAACCACUGAAUCAUCGCAGCUGUGUGGGAACCUGCCCAAAGAUAGUAAUGACUACAUUUUGAAUCAGAAACAUGGCACUGUGCCCCUGCACCGUGACGAACUCUGACACCAAGCUGGAUGGAUGCCACUCUUCAGCGCCAGGCUUGAGGGUGCACCUGUACUGGUCAAGCGAAGGCCCACAGGAUCUUGUUUUUACUGAAGGGGAGAUGGUUGCAGAAGACAUAUGUGUUCUGGCUGCACAGAAAUGUUCCAUUUCCCCACUGUGCCACAACUUGUAUGCACUUUGUGACUUAAAAGAAAAUCUUUGGUUUCCUCCGAAUCAUAUCUUCAAGAUUGACAAGGACCUGUGUUUGACUCUGCACUAUCGUAUGAGGUUUUAUUUCAAGAACUGGCAUGGCAUGUCUGAAAAGGAGCCUCAGGUAUACCGAUGGACACCGAAGAGGAAUGACUAUGAGAAAUUCGACCAAGGCAGCCCUCUGUUUGACCACAUGUCACUCAACUACAUCUUCUCACAGGGUAAACACGAUUUUGUUAAUGGUAUCGCUCCUCUCAAAGAACCACAGAAUGAGCAGGAAUUACACGUCUUCCAAAACGAGAGCCUGGGAAUGGCCGUGCUGCAUCUUUCAUACAUUGCAGUCCUGAGUGGCCGCUCACUUAGUGAAGUGGCCAAGGAAAUAAGUUUUAAGGGGUGCAUCCCAAAGACAUUCCGUGCUAAAAUAGAGAGGUGUAAUGCCCUGACCAAGAUCCGGCUGAAACGUGGCUUCCGAAAGUUUGUAAGGAGCUUCCACCUGCCUGUGGUUGGUUCAGGGAAGGUGAUCCAGCAUGACAUUAUAUUCAAAUACCUGUCUACUUUGGAGAACCUUUGCACCAACUUUGGAGGCGAGGUCUUUCAUGUUUCAUAUCUGGAAGUGCUUCCGGAAAGUAGUAGGACCCCCUACAUAAACAAUCGGAAUUACCUGCAGACCACAGAGGAUAUCGUCUGCCCCACACUACCUAUCCAGGAAUAUGAAGUGCUCGUGACUGGGACAGAGGGAAUUCAGUGGAGAAUAUUUAAGAAGGAGCCUGUAUCCCUCAAAAAGACAGGCUGGAAGAGCAAACCAGCAGACAAUGGCAGCAGCAAAUCCACUGAAACAGUUGAGUUCACUGAGAAGCUAUGGUCGCACUUUUGUGAUUUCAAGGAGAUUACACACAUCGUCAUCUCUGACUGCAGGGUCAGUGUUCACAGACAGGAUAACAAAUGUCUGGACCUUGUACUGCCCUCACACAAACAAGCACUGUCCUUUUCAGCGCUGAUCGAUGGCUACUCUCGCUUAACCACUGACUCUCACCACUAUCUGUGUCAUGAGGUUGCUUCUCCGCGGGUUGUGCUGAGCAUCACCAGUGGCAUCCAUGGACCAAUGCAACCGCACUAUGUUACGACUAAGCUCCGACGAGAGGAGAACAAGGAGGGACUGUAUGUGCUGCGAUGGAGUGCUUUAGAUUUCAAUAAGAUUAUCAUGACGGUUGUCAGUAAGGAAAAGCCUGAGUUUGAAUUAUUGAAAGGUUCUGGGAGUUUUCAGGACAUGAAGCAGUUUCAGAUUGAGAGGAAGGCCCCAGGCGCGUAUGUGCUGCAGGGCUGGGAGCGGUCAUUUCCCAGUGUGAAAGAGCUCCUCGAGAGCCUCAAGGGCUGCAUGCUGAAAUCGGGGAACGAGAGCUACAUGGUCAAAAAGUGUUGUCCGCCUCUUCCACAUGAAUUCUCCAAUUUACUCAUAACGAAGAAUGUGAAAGAUAGUGAUGUGCGUCCACUCACUGCUCAGUUAAAUCUGAGCCAGCUCAGCUUCCAUCAGAUAAGGAAGGAGGAGAUCAUUCAGGAACACCAUUUGGGCCGUGGAACGAGGAUGAAUAUCUACGCUGGUAGGUUUUGUGAGGGUGAAGUUGAGGAGGAAGAAGAGAUGGACUCUCCCUGUGGAACAAGCCACAGUGAAGCAAGGGAUAUCCGUGUGGUGUUGAAAGUUCUUGAUCCUAGUCACAGAGACAUUGCAUUGGCAUUCUUCGAGCUGGCCAGUCUGAUGAGUCAAAUCUCUCACGCUCACCUUGCCUUCGUGCAUGGAGUCUGUGUGCGGGGCUCAGAAAAUAUACUUGUGGAAGAAUAUGUCGAAUUUGGACCUCUGGAUGUCUUGUUGCGAAAGGAGAGAGGAAAGCUGAACCCAGAGUGGAGUCUGACUGUCAUUCAGCAACUUGCUAGUGCACUGAGCUACUUGGAGGAUAAAAACAUGGUGCAUGGGAACAUUUGCUGCAAGAAUGUGCUCGUAGCGAGGAAGGGGCUGGAAGAUGGAAGCACCCCUUUCAUCAAAGUCAGUGAUCCCGGCAUCAGUUUCACCGUGCUCACUCGAGAAGAACGUGUGGAGCGAAUUCCCUGGAUCGCUCCAGAGUGUGUCCAGAAUGUGAACAAGUUAAGUCUGGGUGCUGACAAAUGGAGCUUUGGGACGACCGUGCUGGAAAUCUGCUGUAAUGGAGAGGUCCCACUGAAGGAGCGAACACUGUCUGAGAAAGAGAGAUUCUACGAGAUGAAAGGGAAACUUCCAGAACCUUCCUGUAAGGAGCUUGCUGACCUGAAUAGCCAAUGUCACAGCUACGAAGCAAACCAACGGCCGUCUUUCCGGACUAUUCUGCGAGAACUCACGACGCUGCAACAGCAAAAUCCAGAUAUUUCCUGUGAAAAUUCAGUGCCUACCGUCUCUGACCCCACUGUCUUCCAGAAACGCUACCUGAAGAAGGUCCGAGAUCUGGGAGAGGGUCACUUUGGCAAGGUGGGUCUGUACAUUUAUGACCCAUUUAAUGAUGGCACAGGGGAAGUUGUGGCAGUGAAAUCGCUGAAGUCAGAGUGUGGAGAGGAGCUCCACACGAGCUGGACACGGGAGAUCGAGAUUCUGAAAACCUUGUACCAUGACAACAUCGUCAAAUACAAAGGCAGCAGCAGUGAGCAAGGAGGUCAGAUUGUACAGCUGAUUAUGGAGUAUCUGCCGCUGGGCAGUCUGCGAGAUUACCUUCCAAAACACGCUGUCGGACUUGGGCAGCUUCUGCUAUUCGCAAAACAGAUUUGUCAGGGCAUGUCGUACCUCCAGUCACAGCGGUAUGUGCAUCGUGAUCUGGCUGCCAGGAAUGUCCUGGUGGAAAAUGAGAAUGUUGUGAAGAUUGGGGACUUUGGAUUGGCCAAAGCGAUCCCUGAGCACCAGGACUAUUACCGAGUGAAAGAUGAUGGAGACAGUCCUGUGUUCUGGUAUGCUGUUGACUGUCUCAAGGAAGGAAAAUUCAACUUUGCUUCUGAUGUUUGGUCGUUUGGAGUCACAUUAUAUGAACUUUUAACGUAUUGUGAAACCCGCCAGAGCCCACCAGCUAAAUUCAUUGAGAUGAUCGGAGUGACGCAUGGACAAAUGACGGUGGUACGACUGAUUGAUUUGCUGGAGAGGGGACAGCGCUUGCCUUGUCCAAAGUCUUGCCCUCUGGAGGUUUACCAACUGAUGAACAAGUGUUGGGAAUUUGAUCCAGCUCGACGUCCUCCAUUUCAGGAGCUGAUCCCAGUCUUUCAGAAACUGUAUGAAAGAUACAAAAGGAUAGAAACUUCAAACAUUCUCCAGAAGUUAUAAACAGCAACUGCCCUGGCCAACCUCUUUCUAUCCUUUUUCUCUUCUCACUUGGUAGCAGCUGAUUAUUGAGUAUUCAAUUUGACCCUCCCCAUCUCUGUGCAGACCACCCCACCAUGCUGACCCCCCCCCCCCGCCCGUGUCUCUGUGGUGACCCCACCUUAUGCUGUGCUCCAGUAUAUAUAUCCCACCCCCCAUCCCCAUCCACCACUCUAUCUCUUCCGGAAGAACUUGUAUUCUUAUCGUGCAGUCAUGACCUGAGAAUGUCUUGGAGUUCUUCACAGCGAGUUGGCACAUUCUGAAGAGAUGUCACUGUGCAGCGUGUGGACAGAGACAGAUUUUGUACACAGCAAGGUCUCUCAAAUCCAUGAGAACAAUUAAUAUUUCUUGGUAAGGGAAUGAAUAGUGGACAGGCUGCUUGCAGAGCUUUGUAGCAACUCUUCAGCCUGGCCUAAACAAGCAAUAUGGCGUCGGUUUAGUAUAGGAUGAAAGCUUUGGUCUCUCAUCUGCAUUGUUGACAUGUUUUAGGACUUCGUUGAACAUAAGAAGCUGAAGGAUCUAGCUGUGAAAAAGAUUGUUGGUGGAAGUUCGUAUUUUUAAUUCCUUCCUCUCAACCUCUCCAGUUUGAAUUAGUUCUGAAAUCAGAAUAAUGAGUUAUAGAUACAGGCAUUCAUUCUACGCUUUGCAUUUAAUAUGUCAUAAUAUAGUCACACAUAACUGUUCAGGGCGCUGAAUUAGAAUAAAUUUCAACUCUUUCCCCGUCAUGAAUGCCUCUCAGUACCUACGAUUCUGAUAUGAAACUCAGUCAGAUAUUUUACACUGUUGACAUUGAGUACAAUGACGGCUCUGAUUACAGUCACAUUAUCAUCAGAAUAACACUAGGGACCCAGUGAGGCCCCUAUCCGGUAAUGUCAAGCUGUUGAAUUAUUUUUACUUUGCAGCAUUUUUUGUCUUAUUACUAAGUGCCAGUAGACCUGUGAGUUUUGCACGUUUCAGAUUUAUUAAAUUCAUUCAGUGUGCUUCACUGCCGAGUCACGGUGUUUGCCUUGCUUCAGCGUAAAUUAGAACAAGUCAGACAUUAGCUCAGCAGCUUCAGUUCCUCGUGAGAUGUUUGGAGUUGGCCUGCCUACUGAAACCAGGGAAAUGCACAAAUACAUUCUUUCUGAACUGGUAGUGCACAGGAGGCGUUUUGCAGAAGUGCCCACACCACAGCUGCCGGUAUUAUCAAGAGCCCAGGAUCGACUGUACGUGAUCUUCGAUAUGUGUACAACUGCUGAGGUGAGGGGAGAAGUUCUUGCGCCUGAAUUCACCAGGUGGUGAUAGACCAGCCCUCGUGUGCUAAAGUUCUCAGUCAUUUGUACUAUUUACAGGCGUGCUCAUGUACAUACUGUCAUACAGCAUUGUCUUUGUUGGUAUUCAGACAUUUUAUGCCAAGUGACAUUGAAAAUGGAGAUGCCAGUCCUAUGGUGACAGUAAGAUAUGCCAAAUUGUGGAGUUAGCAUGAUAUAAUGGAUGUUUAAUACUGUUUAACACUCCAAGAUCCACUCAAUAGGAAAACUGCUCAGGAAUGGCCGCGAGCUGCUGCAAUAUUAUGGAAAUACAUUAAAAUGAUUUUGGGGAGAAGUGGGAAUGGGAGAUGGGUGCAAAGUAUUUCUGCUCAUCAUUCAAGUGUCUGUCAGACUCGCUGAUUCCUGACACUACAGUUUUCCCAUUGGAUGGUUCAGUUGUUUUGUAACUGGCUCCUGAUGAUGGAUGUGGUGGUAGUCCUGAUCAUAUCACUCAGACUUUGUUUGUAUUGCCAUGUUUUCGGACAGUGCCCAAUUUCAAUGAACACUGACUUUGCCAGCUUCAGGAUAAGCAUAUCACUUUCCAGCACGGGAGUCUCCAGGAGUGAUGACCCAAAGCCUCCUGCUUUCCUGGACAGACCGUCUCUCAUUUGAUUCAGUGCUCAUUGUAAAGACCAAUGAGGAGAGGAUGCAAUUAACAGACUGGCGUGUGACUCUCACAGCUUAUUGUUUUACAAUGUAAAUGGACACAAGGAAGGCAUUCAUUCGACUGCUUACAUUUGCCUGUUUUAUCCAAAAUGUGUCCUCUGUGCUGAGAUACUAAGAAGCAAAUGCUAUGUCAUUGCAUUUCUGAUUUGAGUUAAUCGAGCAGCACUGACAGUACAUUGGUAACUUUCCGUCACCAAGGAGCAAAGUUUGGGGGAGUUCCUAGCACUUACCAAUCACCACCGUCAUCAUGGUGAGUUUGCUGAGUUGAGUAGGAGUGAAUAACUCUUUUCAGAAGCUUCUGUUCAGAUCGAGAGAGUUUUCACGUCUCUGGGAAAAUGUUUGCAUUACUACGUUGAUGAACAGGAACUCGAUUCAGUCGUGGCAACCUGAACUGAAGAGGAUGGCAAUGUGUAUAGACGGUUUGAACUGGACUAAAGAUGUAUAUUAAACACCAGGACAAAUUACCACAUUAUAGCUUAUGGGAUUUCUUAAAAUGACCGUUGAUUUACCUGACCUGAGUAUGAUUGUGAAUCAUGGACAUCGUGUAUACCAUAUUACAUUAUUUGCACUUGAAUACAUGGCCAAUUUAUUGUCAAAACAAUGUCAUUCUUAUUAUGUUCAGUGAUGGACAGAGCUUGCUCUAUUUUGGAAUACUUAUGUGUCUCUGUCUUUUUUCUCUCUUUAGACUUUCUCAUACAUACUUGCACUUUUUAGAAAGGAUUAGGCAAGAUUGCCAGUGUCUUGCCUCACUUUUCUCUUGCUCUCUCAAAAGUAUUUAUCUUAAAGUAUCAAUGACCAUUUGUUCUCCCAUGAAUGUGAUUGAAAAUGUUGUAUGUUUAUGCCCAUCAACAUGUUUAGCUAGUGUUUUCAGUCCUCAAUUGACCUAUUACUUAAUCUGUUUUUCUGAGUUUCAGCUACCUUUUCCUGGACCAUUUAUUUAAUAAUAACUGAAUUAUGUUGAACUUCAUUUAAUGAUGGAUCACAUUAAAGUAGUACCAUUUAUGCUUUUGAAUCAGCAUGUUCAUAUCUUAACACAUUUUAAAACUUUGUACUCACUUACCGUGUUGUUAGAUCAAGUUGAUCAGCACCUAUUGGUCUUGUGUAAUGUUAGCACAAACCUAGUUCAACUUUGGAAAUCUCACACAUGUCCUUCUGUUGGAAUGUCUAUUAAUAAGCAUUACUUGUGUCAGCUUUGUCAGGUCAGAACAUGUUAGCAGAAGCUUUCUAGUGAUUGUUCCGUUCCAUCCUAAAAUUAGCAUGUUCCUAUUCUCGCCCAAACUCCCCAAGUGCACAUGUGUGAACUAUGUCUUCUACUUUUGGAGAACAAAUGGAUUUCAUUGGUGAUUAGUUUAAACUAAGUUCUUAUUGUUUGGGAUUGUGAAUGCUGAAGUAGAAAUAACUUGUUUUCAGGUUUCUGUUCGGGGACUUGGGUUUUUUUUAAAAGAAGAUAGUCAUUUCUGACUAGGGAGUUCAAAAGUCUUUCCAAGAAAGUACGUGACUUAGGUUAAAUGGCCAGCAAGCUACAGGAGAAGGUAACUGAAAUAGUGUUCACAAAGUUGAACCUUUAUGUGGAGAAGAACAGUUGGCCACAGGCCACAGUCAAGUUUCAUUUGAGAAGAUUCUCACAUGAGCAAAGGACCAUUGGAGCCUGUGGCAGUCUCCUGGCUGUGAGAACUGGAAGGCAGUCUGAAACUGUCCUAACAGUUGAAAUAGACAGGGCUUUUCUUCAGGUUCAGCUGGGAAAAGCUGUGAAUUAAGUGAUGUCUGUGUAACCUUGAGGAGAAACUGUGACGGAGUCACCUUUAGUGUGAUGCAGGAGGGAACAGAAGUAAACCCAUGAAUGUACUUCAAUGAGUUCAACUUCAUCAGCUCAGUAAGAAAGAGUUAAGAUAUGAGUGGUACUUUCCUAGGGCUGAGUGGCUGUAAGAAUAUUGUUGGGGGCAAAAUGUUGACAUUUUUGACUUAAUAUCUUUCUAAUUAGUCUUCUAUUAUCUACAUGUAUAAAACUUAGUUUUUUUUAUUUCUUUGGUGUAAUAAAUUUAUCUUUUGUUAAGAAGUACAUUGACAGCCUUGUGUGAAUAUGUUCAAUGACUGACCUGUGCAGUAACCAAACUGCAAAAAUAAAACUUAUGGUCUAUCAAGCCAA